AUGCAAGACACCGAAAGUGUACUCGUACAAGGCAACAUUGACCGUCGCACAUGCGAGCGCGUAAAGCCUAUGCAGGUUCUAGUCCUGGGACUGUGCCGCACUGGUACCCUAUCGACAUGGCUUGCUCUCCAAGAAUUAGGUUACGACACGUACCACAUGACGUCUAUCAUGCAGAACCCUAAGGACGCAGAGAUGUGGACUGAGGCUUUCCAAGCCAAGUAUCACAGAGGAAGGGCUUACGAACGCAAGGAUUGGGACCAAUUGCUUGGCCACGUUGAGGCUAUCACCGAUUUCCCCGGUGCCGUCUUCGUGGAGGAGCUGACCCAGGCCUACCCCGAUGCUAAAGUGGUACUGACUCUGCGGGAUCCGGAUGACUGGGUGCGCUCGAUGCAAAAGACCAUUAUGACCCAGACCUACAGCCCAAUGGCCACACUCAUGGGCUGGAUCGAUUGGGAGGCCUUUGGUGUUGGCAACCACAUGUGUCGUGUUGGCUUUAACGGGCUAUUCCGCGGAGAUUUCGAGCGCAAUGGUCGCCAGGCCUUUGUCGAACACUAUGAUCAUGUGCGCCGAGUUGUCCCGGCUGACAACCUCCUCGAAUGGAACCCCAAGGAAGGAUGGGAGCCACUGUGCCAGUUCCUAGGCAAGCCCAUCCCCGAGACUCCGUUCCCGCGGGCCAAUGAUGCUGCUGUUUUCAAAGAAAAGUCGGCGACAGUCGUGCGCGCCGCGUUCCUCCGGUUUGGAAAGAAGAUUGCCGUGUUCGGACUAGGUAUCACUGCCGCCUACUUCGCGGCCCGAUACGGUCAUCGGGAGCUUCUACGGAGGCGUUAA